AUGGCGCGCACCGUGAAGCUAGUCGUCAUCGUCGGCGCGCUGCUGGCCGGCGUCGCCCUCGUCGCCGCCGGCCGCGUGGCUGGAGCUACUGCUGCUCCUGCUGAAGCUGCACCGCCGCCGCCGCUGGUGAAGCGGCUCCACGCGUCGUUCGACUGGAUGGACGCCGCCGCGGCAGCGGCGGCGGAGGGAGGUGAUGGCGGCGGCGGCGGCGGGUGGAUGAUGGAGUGCUGGAACGCGGUGACGGAGCUGCGGUCGUGCACGGGCGAGAUCGUGCUCUUCUUCGUCAACGGCGAGUCCUACCUCGGGCCCGAGUGCUGCGUCGCCAUCCGCACCGUCACGCGCCACUGCUGGCCGGCCAUGCUCGCCUCCGUCGGCUUCACCGCGCAGGAGGCCGACAUCCUCCGCGGCUUCUGCGACGCCGAGGUCGGCGCCGGCGACGCCCCGCCGCCGUCCGCCAACGCUUCCUCUGUCGUUCCCGCUUCAGCGCCGGCGCCUGCUUAA